CCCCAGCUGCAUCUGAAUCAUCCACCCCUUUCUAUGAUCCUCUGGAAGCAUCGUUUCCUUGAAGCUGCUGCCUGCCAAGAUUCAUGUGACGAAAACGAUAGGCGAUGAGAUGACUACAAACCCCACACCCAUGUACUCGCUCCAUUCCAUCCCAAAUCGCACAGAUCGCCUUGCCUUUUGACAAGUGUCAUCCCGGUUGAUCGUGGCUUUCUUUCUCCUUCCAUUGAUGUCCACAAGAGCCAGCAUAAGUAUGCGAGCAGGCUCCUCAAGGCUCAACCCUCCCACACUCCUCGAAAGCCAGAAAUCACAAGCUCAGCCAUAACCAUUCGCCUCUUUUCUUUUUUCGUUGGUCGCUGCUCCUGAUCCUUGAAGCAGAGCAUUUGCAGGUUUAGUGGCCAUGAGAGCUGCAUCAUCACGGCCGUCGUUGAUGGUGCUGACAUUAGUGCUAGCGGCACUGUGCGUUGUCGUUGUAGAUGGAAGGAACCACAUACACAAGCAGAAGCCUCAUGGCCAUGGAGGCGUCGGCGGCAGGCACAACAAGGCCAGCGGCGCCAAUGGGGCCACGGUGGUGUCAUCCCCUGCAGUCCCACCAGAGGAUGCCGAUGAGCCGCCGCCGCUCCUUGUGCCGCCGCCGCCGAUCGGCACGGGCAUUGUCCCGUCAGACCCGGCCACCCCGACGCAGCCAGAGCAGCAGCCGUGCGUGUUCGACGUGCGGGCAUUCGGCGCGGCGGGCGAGAGCACGGCGGACGACACGGACGCGUUCCGGGCGGCCUGGAGCGCGGCCUGCGCCGUGCAAUCGGGCGUGCUGCUCGUGCCAUCCGACGGCACGUUCACCAUCGCGUCCACCACGUUCUCCGGGCCAUGCCAGCCCGGGCUCGUGUUCCAGGUGGACGGGGUGCUGAUGCCGCCGGACGGGCCGGACUGCUGGCCUCCGUCGGACAACCGGCGGCAGUGGCUCGUCUUCUCCAACCUCGACGGCAUGACGCUGCGCGGCGCCGGCACCAUCGAGGGGAACGGCGAGGAAUGGUGGAACCUCCCUUGCAAGCCUCACAGGGGUCCCAACGGGUCCACGCUACACGGGCCGUGCGACAGCCCCACGCUGAUUAGGUUCUUCAUGAGCCGGAACCUGGUGGUGGAGGGCCUGAGGGUGGAGAACAGCCCCGAGUUCCACUUCCGGUUCGACGGCUGCAGCGACGUGCUCGUCGACGGGCUCUUCAUCAGCGCCCCCGCCAACAGCCCAAACACCGACGGCAUCCACGUCGAGAACACGGAGCGCGUCCGGAUCUACAACUCCAAGAUCAGCAAUGGUGAUGAUUGCAUCUCAAUUGGGACCGGGAGCUACGACCUGGACAUACAAAACAUAUCGUGUGGCCCUGGCCAUGGCAUAAGCAUCGGCAGCCUGGGCGUGCACAACUCACAAGCCUGCGUGGCGAACGUGACGGUGCGGAACGCGGUGAUCCGGAACUCGGACAACGGCCUGCGGAUCAAGACGUGGCAGGGCGGCGCGGGCUCCGUCUCCGGGAUCGCCUUCGACGGCGUCCUCAUGGAGAACGUCCGCAACUGCAUCAUCAUCGACCAGUACUACUGCCUGGACAAGCGGUGCAUGAACGCGUCCACGGCCGUGCGGGUCGCCAACGUGUCCUACAGCAACGUCCGGGGCUCCUACGACGUCCGCAGCGCGCCCAUCCACUUCGCCUGCAGCGACGCCGUCCCCUGCACCAACGUCACGAUGUCCGAGGUCGAGCUGUUGCCGUUUAGCGGGGAGCUCGUGGAUGACCCUUUCUGCUGGAGCGCCUAUGGGGUCCAGCAGACGCCCACGAUUCCGCCGAUUUCGUGCUUGCAGGACGGCCUGCCGGAGUCUCUCCUCGACGACCUAGACCUAAAGUGUCCAUGAUGUGUGUAUAACACCACUAGCUAGCUACACAUUACUGGUUGUAAUAGGAUUAGAUACGAAAAUUCUAAUUUACUGGACCCGGGACCUACCGGAGUCAGAUCGAUCGUCCGUCGGUUCUCUCGUCCGAGAUUCGUGCUUCUAUUUUCAGGUCCGUGGAUUUUUGUUGUGCAUA